AACUUUCAAACAUUUCCGAUUCAAUUUUUUUAAAAAUUCUCUGGUAAACUCCUAUUGGGCAAGUGGCUUGAAGUUCAUUUCUUCUUUUCCCUGUCCCCUGCCCCUUUUAAGCUUUGGGCAGCAGCAGCCUGAAGGACAGACUCGCCUCUUCGAAAAGUCGCACGCAUAACUCAAGACCGGAUUGAACUUGGAAGAUUCUUAGACGCCGCCAUGCUGAUCUCUAGCUGCCUGCUGGUUCGUCUGGCCAUCCUUCUCAGUGUCCUCCUGGUGCAGUCCUGCGAAGCGCAGUCUUGGGAAGCUUUUCAAAACAAGCACAUUGAUUAUCCCCGGACCCGAGCCUCCAACCCCAGUGCCUACUGCAACCUCAUGAUGGUGAAGAGGAAUCUGAAUCCAAUUAGAUGCAAACCAAGGAAUACUUUCAUCAACCAUGACAAUGAGUCUGUCCUACAGGUCUGCGGCAAUGGUGGGACGCGUUGGCAAGGUAAUUUCUAUGACAGCAACGAGAGCUUCCCCAUGAUUGACUGCAGGUACACCGAUGGUAAACCUCCUAAGGACUGCAAAUACAAAGGCACAGAGACCUCCAAACGCAUUCGUGUGGCCUGCGAAGAAAAGAAGCCCGUUCACCUGGAGAAGCUGCUGUGAUAGGCAGAAAACCACACAAGCCACGCUCUGCGCAUUGAAGCCGGAAUGCUUCUUUGGCCAUUUCUCCCUGCAAGGCGACCAAAUCAUUGAAUUCCCCCAGUUUAACAGUCAUUUGCCCUUUUCAGGGGACCCUGGGAGCUGUGGCUCUAAGGGCAAUGACGCCGGGCUUCUAACUACGCAUUCUGUUGCUUUCUCUCAAUGGCUAUUCUCUCAAUA